GGAUUACAUUAGCUGUUCCAACUAAUAAAUGGUCGACGGUUGAUUAAUCCCCUCAUGACUUCGAUCCGUCCGCCGCUCGUCCCCCCCUUAAAUUCUCCACUUAUCAUUUCUGCUGGAACACGCUAGUCCGCCGUCUCCCGGAUCAGAGAUGCAGGCGUCGAUUGCUCUCUCGUUCUACACGCCGGUAAUCUCCAGAUCCGAUCCGGUGAGGAGAUUCUUCACAGCCGGUGUUGGCGUCCAACCGCCGGAGCCAAGCUUCUGCCGACUCCAAGGGCAAGCAUUGCGGUUCUGCGUGCCAAAGCUUGCGGGGGCGGGCAGGAUUUCGAAGUUUGGUUAUUCUCGGAAGCUAUGCAGGACGACCUUGGCUGCAGUCAGCGAUAAUGGCAGCAUGGGGAAGGGGUUCGACUACGAUCUCGUUAUUAUUGGAGCUGGUGUUGGUGGUCACGGGGCGGCGUUGCAUGCCGUGGAGAAGGGUCUAAAAACUGCAAUUAUUGAAGGGGAUGUUAUUGGAGGCACCUGUGUAAAUAGGGGUUGUGUUCCAUCUAAAGCUCUUCUUGCCGUGAGUGGUAGGAUGCACGAACUUCAAAGCGAAGGUCACUUGAAAUCAAUGGGUUUGCAGGUUCUGGAUCAUAGUUAUGAUAGACAAGGUGUAGCUGAUCAUGCAAAUAACCUUGCAUCAAAGAUUCGGAGCAAUUUGACCAAUUCACUUAAAGCUCUUGGCGUGGACAUACUAACUGGAGUUGGCACGAUUGUUGGAACUCAGAAGGUGAAGUAUGGAAAAAUAGGCAUUGCUGACAAAGAAGUCUCGGCUAGGGAUGUUCUAAUCGCAACAGGAUCUGUUCCAUUUAUUCCCAAAGGGAUAGAAGUUGAUGGGAAAACUGUCUUUACCAGUGAUCAAGCCCUUAAGCUGGAGUGGGUUCCAGAAUGGAUUGCUAUUGUUGGCAGCGGAUAUAUUGGUCUUGAAUUUAGUGAUGUUUACACAGCCCUUGGAAGUGAGGUUACUUUUGUUGAAGCUUUAGAUCAACUUAUGCCUGGCUUUGAUCCUGAGAUUGGAAAGUUGGCUCAAAGAAUCCUCAUCAACCCCAGAAAAAUUGAUUUUCAUACUGGAGUAUUUGCUACGAAGAUCACUCCAGCUAAGAAUGGCAAACCUGUUCAAAUUGUACUCAUAGAUGCCAAAACGAAGGAACCUAAGGAUAUCUUGGAGGUAGAUGCAGCUCUCAUCGCAACUGGUAGAGCUCCAUUUACCAAUGGACUUGGCUUAGAAAAUAUAAAUGUCACUACACAACGGGGAUUUGUUCCAGUUGACCAACACAUGCAAGUUAUCGAUGCAAAUGGCAAUCCUGUUCCUCAUUUAUACUGCAUUGGUGAUGCCAAUGGUAAAAUGAUGCUUGCUCACGCUGCCAGUGCUCAGGGGAUCUCAGUUAUUGAAACUAUUUGUGACAAGCCUAAUGUGCUCAACCAUUUAAGCAUCCCUGCUGCCUGUUUUACCCAUCCUGAGAUCAGUAUGGUUGGGCUCACUGAGCCUCAAGCUAGGGAGAAAGCUGAGAAAGAGGGAUUUGAAGUCCUUGUUGCUAAGACAAGUUUCAAGGCGAACACAAAAGCUCUAGCUGAAAAUGAAGGAGAAGGGCUGGCUAAGUUGAUAUAUAGACCUGAUAACGGGGAGAUACUUGGAGUUCACAUAUUAGGACUGCACGCCGCGGACCUAAUACACGAGGCAUCAAAUGCGAUAGCCAUGGGAACCCGCAUUCAGGAUAUAAAAUUUGCGGUUCAUGCUCAUCCAACCUUGUCUGAAGUUCUUGAUGAACUCUUUAAAUCCGCCAAGGUUACUGCUGGUAUGCCUCGUUCAGUUGAUGAACCAGUUGCAGUAUAAAGUAUAGAGUGAAGAAAAUGGAGAUUCAAUUUAUCAAUGGAGUUAUCUUCUAGAUUACUCAGCAAUUUCGUGGAGCUAUGUAUGUUUCAGCAAUGGCGUAAAGAUUGGUAUUUUUGGCUGUCCACCAUGAUAACAGGCUUCUCCAACUGCUGCUGCAACCUAAAAGAAAUGUUCCAUUCUGUUCAUUUUAUUAAUGGAAAAUUCAUUUUUUUUUUCAUGCUUUAAAAUUUUUCAUUAAUUACAUUGCAAGCGCCAAUUUCUAUCAAUUCAUAUUUUGAAUUUUACAUGUAUUAUUUGUAGAAUUUUGAUGCAUGU